CCCGCAGCUCCGGGCCCGGCUCCGCCAUGGGCGCCGCGCGCCGCUCCCGGCUCCUGCCGCUCCUGCUGCCUCUCCUGCUGCCGCUCCUGGCGGCCUGGGGGCCCCGUGUCUCGGCGGGGCUCCGCGCCCCGCGGCGGCGCUGGCCGGUGCCCUACAGGCGCUUUGAUUACCGUCCAAAAACUGAUCCUUACUGCCAAGCUCGGUACACCUUCUGUCCCACUGGCUCUGCCAUUCCAGUUAUGAAAGAAGAGGAUGUCAUUGAAGUGUAUCGAUUACAGGCUCCAGUAUGGGAAUUCAAGUAUGGAGACCUACUAGGACACUUGAAAAUUAUGCAUGAUGCUGUGGGUUUCAGGAGCUCUCUAACGGGCAAAAACUACACAAUGGAGUGGUAUGAGCUCUUCCAACUUGGGAACUGCACAUUUCCACAUCUGCGGCCUGGCAUAGAUGCACCGUUCUGGUGUAACCAGGGAGCUGCCUGCUUUUAUGAAGGAAUAGACGAUGCGCACUGGAAGGAAAAUGGAACUUUAGUUCUCGUGACCACAAUAUCAGGAACCAUGUUUAAUAAAAUGGCAGAAUGGGUAAAAUAUGACAAUGAGACUGGCAUUUACUACGAGACCUGGACAGUUCGAGCAAGUCCUGACAAACAAUCAACAGUAUGGUUUGACUCUUAUGAGUGCUCCAAGUUUAUACUGAGAACCUACCAGAAGCUGGCUGACUUAGGAGCUGUAUUUAAGAAGAUACAAACAAACUAUACAAGCAUAAUUUUGUUCAGUGGAGAACCUGUUUAUUUGGGAAAUGAAACAUCUAUUUUUGGACCACUGGGAAACAAGACAUUGGCAGCAGCUAUAAGAGACUUUUACAAUCCAUUUAAACCUCAUCAGACAGUCAGAGAGUUUUUUGUGGAUCUUUUAAGAAUAAUUGAUCGUGUCAUCUUGAAUCAUCAGUUUUACCUCUUCUACAACUUAGAAUACUGGUUUUUACCUAUGAAGUUUCCUUAUCUCAAAAUAAUUUAUGAAGAGGUCCCUUUACCUGUUGGAAGCAAAGAGUCCUUUGGUGUAUAGCUGUUUGCUGAAGAACCAAACUUGCCCUUAUGUCAGAUUUGGAGCAUUACCAUGAUGGUGUUAAAGGGUCAUAUAUUUCACUGCUAACUGUAAAAGUCGUGUUGGGAAGGCUUUGCUAGACCACAUGAAAGACUAUGCUUUUUUUUUGUUAUUACCUGUAUAACACAUGAAUGCUUCAGCAUCUAUGACUUGGUCAGCUUCUGUGUAACCAUGGCCACCUGCUGAGGCUCCUCUGGCUGAGCUCGGCAGUGCCAGAGGGGGAGUGGGGAGGCAGCAGCCUGCUCUGGUCUCAGGUGCUCUCCACAUGCACGGCCGUGCCGUAGCAGGUAGCACCUGACCACCUACAGAGGUGGGACACAGCAUUACAAGGACUAAACUGGCUCAUCUGUGUCUUGGAACUAAAAAAACCUGAGUGUCUUCAUGUGUCCAGUUCCUUCAACAUGUGCCUUAGAUUGGUGGUUCUGUAGUUCUUUGGUUUGUAAACUGGGACCUAUGAACUGUUCUCCAGUGUUCAUCAGGGGAGGGGGGGGAGAGGGGCAGUGAAUCUACUAGAAGAUGGCAUGGGUGGUAUCUUUUAACCACUUUGCUUCCUUCACCUAUACUGUAAACACAAUACAGAUGGCUCUUCCUCA